AUGAAAGACACAAGCCGACGUUGCUCUAGAGUCCAGAGCAAGCCUCGGCAUCUCAGCCCGGCGAAGCUGGCGCAACUGGAUGACAUCGCGCUAGAUCUACUUAUCGACAGGAUGACGCUGCGACAGGUCAACUUUCCGGCAGAGACGCGUAAGAGUUCCACAGCGUAUCUGCCGCGUCGACCCGUCCGCAAGAGAGUGUUGUCGAAGAUCCUUGGCGCCGAGGGACAAUUUGACAUCCAUCAAAUCCAUCGCCGCAUCGUACAAAUAGCUUGCUUGGAGGGGUCUAUUCCAGUAAGCGGGACCGCCGACGCACAAUUCAAGUGGUUCAGCACGCAGCUGAAAAGCUAUCUUCAAAUCUACAACCCCAAGUGUUCUUUUCAGAUUGCCAUGUCUGAACAUCUUCCUAGUACGCACCCUGAAGCUGCGGUUUUUGCGACGCGCGCCUUCACAGCGGGGGAGUCAAUUCAGUUCCUCAGCGGGAUCUGUGUGCCUUUGACAACAGAAGACCAGCUGCAACUCGAAAAGGCGGGUAAAGACUUUAGCAUCCUCCAGUCACCUUGCAGUCAAGACCUUGCAAUGUUUCUCGGCCCUGCUCGAUUCGUCAACCACGACUGCCACGCAAAUUGCGAGAUUAUAUGGGCUAAAGGGCGCAGGGCCAUCAUUGUGGCCCUGAAAGACAUCCAACCCGAUGAUGAGAUUACCGUAUUCUAUGCAAAAGACUAUUUCGGAGAGAAUAACCAGCACUGCUUGUGUCGGUCCUGCGCACGAGCCCGAUCGUCUCCGGACGGGUGUUGA